GUCAGUCUUUAGUGUCAUACGCCAGUGAUUGUACCAUCGACAAGAGAAAUGACAUCCAUACAAGCGAAGAUUUUGGCUCGCUUGCUUCUUGUCAAUUUCGAAGGACCCCUCGCAGCCGCAAAGGAACUUUUUUUUUUCUCCUGCCAACAAAACAAAAGUCAAAGCCAAGAAAAGAAAAAUAGACACACACGCACACAUAAAACAUACGGAGUACAUUAAAAAAAGAAGUCAAAGUCAAAGAGACAAGGGUCUCGGACGAUGAUGAGCUGACGGGUCUGAUCUACCCAAUUAUUUCCGCCAACAGAAGCACGGAGUACCUUGCUAGGGACCUUGUACAGUACGCGACUAAGUUCUUUUCAUAUAACCAAAAACAGCGAAAAGAAAAAGAAAAAAAAUCGUUUUGAUACUACUGUACCGUACAGGUCGUUCGUAAUGAUACCAAGCAUAACUCGUUGCGUUGCCUCAACUCACCUGUGCUACUACCAAGCCUCACUCAUAUCCACCAGCCCACCCGGAAACCCGCCCAGCUGCACUGCCCAGCUUCCGCCAAGACCCACUUGGCUGGCCUCACCAUCCCGGCCGACGACGCCGUUUUCAAGCCCACAUGCCGCCUUGCUGUCUACGUAACUUGAUCAGGUCUGGUCUGGCACAGUACGGCAUUCUAGGUAACGAAACAACCCCAGCCUGCAGAGAAAAACAACAAGAACGACCUGGACUCGAUCGGAAGUGCGCAUACCGUGCCUGGGCUAGACUGCCACCGAACAAACAAGCUCAGCUUUCUCGCUCCCCCCUCGCCUGAUUUACCCCCCCAUCAUAUCCCCCAGAAGCGUAGGUUUUGGUGUACCCGCCAGCCGCGAAACCGAGACCUCCGAACCAAGCGCGCAAGCAAGGUAGGUACAUACAUGCUUUUCGUAAACCAGGGAAGCUAGUCAAACUGGUCCGGCCUGGUUUCCCAGCGCCAGAAGAAAGCAGACCAGGGGGGAAGGAAGCCGAGAAAAAAAAAAGUCUCGCCCUGCCUUCACGACCGUGCCCACGAUCAUCCACGCACUAUACGGACUACUCGUCUCUCUGAAAGAGAGCUUCUACCUACAUCAUCUUGUCCCGCGUAUUGCUCGUUGGAUCCCAGUCUUGGUCUACCGAUACACCAGACCGAGACAGCCGACGGCCCGCUGUGUCAAGAUGGCUUCUAAUAAGUUGCCUCCCCCUGAACGAACGGCGCCCGCGAUACCUUCCGAUCAGGGUCCUCCCACCUCCCGACUGUCGAUAAGCCGGAAGCCUGUUCCCCCACACCCCCGUGAUGAUCGCUCGGCUUCCCCGGCCCAUCGUAAAGCCCAGUCUCACUCGGAAGCCCCCACCUCCGCCGGCUAUCUCGAAUUUGCUGCGCCCAAGCUCCCGCCUCCCCUCGCCCCGGCCCCGAAGGCCGGCAACGCCAUCCCGACUCACCAAAAUCCAGACGCACGGCGCAAGCAUCCCGACCCUCACAUGAUGCGCAACUUUAGCCACAAGGCCUCCAAGUCGUUGGAGCCGCCGCCACCGCCACCGCCGCCACCCAAAGAUAAUUCACUGGCCGGUGGUAUGACGCAACGGCCGUCCGAUUCCCCGCCCAGCUCAGACAUUAUCGCACCGCGUCAACGGCAGACAGAACCGGAAGCAAAGGGGAAACAGCAGAAGAGGCUACAGCCCCGCCCGCGUCAAGUCUCUCCUUCGCCCGAACCGCAACGUGGGAGGAGGAGCGUUUCGGCGCACCCGUCUCCAGGAUCCAAGAUCGUCAAGGCAAGGACUGAGGGCCCGCAAAGCACACAGGCCUCAACGCCAGCGACAUCUAGGCCUCCCUCGGCAAAUUCUAGGGCUCAAUCGGCACAUUCCGGCGAGAGAAAGCCCGUCCCUGGGAACAGUCCUAGUCGUGGAAGGCUUCGAAAAAGCUGGCUUCCCGGAGGUCGUGGUAAGGAGGCCUAUGACAAUGGACCCGUAGCCCAGGGCUCGAACAGCGCGGCUUGGAUCCUCAGCCCUGAAGGCAGAGCCGAGUACGGUACUAGCUAUCUGUCAAAUGGUGAAAAGGUGCCGGAGCUGUGGAAUGAGUCAGGUGAUGUCAUGGUGUUCCUGCUUCCCAGGGACAGUGGUGCAGGACCUAGCUUCAGGCUUCCCGGUGGAAUUUUCGCAGACUCGAGUGUAUUUGAUGACCUGCUGCGGGCGGAGAUGACUUCGUCGCCUGCCGGCACCCGAGACCGGAUAAACAGCUUCAGUGGACGGGAUAGUCUUACCGCCGAAGAUGCUCGACGCAAUGUGCAGAAGACGCCCAGUCCGCCCCCCGGCGGCGAAGGCAGUGGGGUGCUGCGACUAUUCCUCACCGAGACGCCAACUUGGCCCAAGCCGGUGCAUGGCCCACCGCCCCUUGAGCGUCUUAUCGACAUUCGAAACGUCUUUGCCUUCCUGACAGGCCAACCGCUGGUGGCAACAUUGGAAAACCCCUCGCUCUUUCACGUGCUGUUACGCAUCGCAGGUUUGCUUCGCGAGUUUGGCUUCUCGAGCCCGGACGGUAUGUCCUUUGGCAGGGACGUGGACCUAAGCAUGUCGUUUUACACGGAUCAGUUUGGGCUUGCGGACGUGAAGCACAGCCCGGAAAAGACUGUCCAGGGCCUCAUGGUUGGCGAGCAGAUGCGCUCUUGGGAACUCUAUAACGAGGCCUUUGUGCAUGCCGUCGGCAAAUGGGAGGCUAUCAUGGAACUCAAGUCCCCAAUGUUUACUCAGCUCACCCGGACAACAAGGGACCGUCUUGAGCGCUCCCACUUUGACCUGGAGAGUCGCAGGCAUAACUUCUGCACUCGGCUUGACGACAUGGCCUUCCCGGGUAUUUUCGCUGGCAUUGCCAACUCUACAUCGAAUUCUGAUUUCAGGCACGUUCGCUUCAAGAACUGGAAAAAUAGCUUCAUCAGCAUGCGCAGUUUCAUCCUCAAGUACUACAAGCAUCAGUUCGGAAGCUGGCCGCCCAAGGCUCGCAGCAAGAAGAACCCAUUUACUGAGAGUGGCUUGAAUCGUCAGGUCCUCCGGACUCUUUACUCGGAUCUUUGUGCCCUCUACGACCUCCUGGUUGACCGCGAGCAGAUGACGACGCGUAUGUUCAACCAGGCUACGCACGAUGAGCCUGUUGACCCAGCACACGCCGAGAUUGUGGCACUUCGCAAACUAUUGGAGGAAUAUGACAACUCCUCGCCACCCGUACUGCCUCCUAUACCAUUUGAUGUUCCCAAGUUGCCGACAAUGAAGACAAUCUUGGAGACAUACGAUCAGCUUUCGGCAAAAGAGCAGGCCGCUGUCGACAGGCGCGUCAAGAGCCAUGAGCUUAUACUGGUCAUGCGGCGAUCAUACAACUUCGACACUGACAGCCUGCAGCAUCCCUUCCUGGAUGCCUUCAAGCAGUAUGAUUUGGCCGAGGCCAAGGGCAAGAGCUCAUCGGAGCUCUCAGACUUGAGGUUUGGCUGCUGGAUCUUCCUCUACGUCGUCAUCCAAGCACUUCCAAUGCUUGCCGUUGACGCCCCAGGGGUACGUUUCACCGAGGGUGCUGAGUACUUCCUGUGCAUGCCUCCCAAGGGCGAUCCACCAUGGAUGGAGGACGGUGCCAGUGUUCGCAAGAUGUGGUUCAAACUAGUGGACCAGGACAAACAGGUCGAGUUGUCGGCGGAUGCGGUGUUGUUCUCGGUCGAGGCGACAUACGAUCGAUCCCAUUGCUGGCAAGCCGCCAAGAGGUGGGCCGAGGCCGCAGCGGCCAUGGACGACGCCGAAGGGCCUGACCAGGUAAUAAUGAAUCAGUCGCAGCAGAUGUUGCCCCCUUUAAUGUCGCCGCUCGAGCCGCCCCGUCCCGGCUUCUCGGGCAUGGACGCCGACGGGUCUGGUUCACCCACCAUGGGCACAGGCACGCCCGGAUCAGCCUCUCCAACCGCGAGCGGCAUGGGCUCGCCCAUGCUCCGACCUCGCCGGCAGUCUCCCGCCGGUGCGUCGACGCGCAACCGCGUCUCGGGCCACUGGCGUUCAAGCAUCGCCUUCGGUCUCGAACCCGUCGACAUGGAUCCGGCCGCCGGUCCCCCAGGCGCAACCGGAAGCCCAUACAGCGGCAGCAACAGGUCGCUGCUCAACCUCAACUCCCCCGCCACGGGCGAGAUGGAAUCGCCGUCGGCACCCUUUGCGCAGUCGGCUCGCACGCACGUGGGCCGCAGCUACUCUGCCGGAAACCUGCAGGUCGUGGGCAACAACGGCCCGCCGCCCAGCCAUCCGAAGGAUCACUCUCGACACGGGAGCACCGUAACCGGUGGCGAUCAGGGCAUGUCGUUUGAUGACAUCCUCAAAGGUAUGGAGGAUACCAAGAUUAAGAAGAAGAAGAGCUGGCUUCCUGGGGCCUGAGAAAAAAAACACCCCUUCGGAACCUCUAGGCCCUCGCCUCAUUUCAUACUCUUUUUUCUCCCAUCACAUCUUGGCGUUGUGCUUUUUGUAUCUUCUUUUUUUUUCGUUUGCUGUUUCUGGACUUUUAUCCCUGGACAUUCUGCUGGCGUAUUGUAUGCGGCUCCUUGAAUCAUAAGCGUCGUCUCGUCACUUUUCCUGUGCUGCCCACCAUGACAUAUAUUUGAGCUACAUGCAAUAUUUGUUACUGUCUUGAUUUUUUAUCUGAUCUUCUACUUUUCUUUCUUCCAUGUCUUGUCCUGCUCUUGAUUUGAUGAGGAGAAAUCACUAACACCCGCUUCGAACAAGUGACAAAUACAACCCCAAGGAGGGGGAUGGCAUUUAGAUGAGUUAUUGAAGAUGUACAAGCCGUACUUUAUAGCAAUUUGACUUGGGUGUUCCGGGAGGAAAAGCAAUCGACAAUAGUCUGUCAAACUAAUAGAAUAUAAUUGACGUUAACACCAAUUACUCGUCUUGCUUGCAUACACUCUCGAUGAACUAAUAUGACAGA